CUAAGGUGUAGAUAAAAAUUAUUCGUUUGCUUGACUCGUGAUUUCGACUAAAGUAAAAGCAUUUCUCAAGUGCAUGCGGCAGCCAACACCUUAAGAGAUUCCACUUCUAAUCAUUCGGUGUUAACACGUGCUCAAGAAUAGACCGGUAUCUUGACACUGUAUAUUAAUAAUAAUUACGCACGUGGGAUUUUCCUGCACGGUGGUGGAUUCAUGGUGGUGAAAUGUUUUUUUGACAAGCAUUUGUGUUUAGUUAAAGGUGGCGAUAAAGUUAUUUGGACCAAAAUGCCGUCUGAUAUUGUGUCUUUUGCUGUGACCACAGGCUUUGGGGUUACUGUUCUGACAGGGAUUAUUUCGGGAGUUUGUUAUCUUCUUGCACAAGGAAUAAACAAGAAAAGAUAUUCAAGACCAGGUCAGGAGUGGUACUGUACAAACUGCGGCACGUAUUUACGCUCUAUAGAAGGAAUUUUGGAGGGAGAUCGUGUGGUCACUUGUGAAAAAUGCAACACGCGCGUUUGCAAGAACAGGUGCUCGUCGAAGAACCUCACAGAAAGAUGGGUGUGCAAUGUUUGCUCAAAAACACCCCUAUCUUGGUACGAGAGCGUGCUCAAAAUUAUACAACCCUCUAGAGUUUCAGUUAAUUUGUCAGCAAUGGACAGAGACUCUCUCAAACAGUUCGAGUCUGACCUGGAAGAGAUGUGCAAUAAGGAAAAGGCAGAGAUCCGCGAUUUUAUAGAGAGACUGGUCAACGCAAUGUUGGGAGAUAAUGUGGACGAUGCAUGCGUAUCGCGACUCUACAAAGACAAAAAAUACGAUGCCGUGUUUGAAAAGUAUCACCAAGACCUCAGUAGAGCCUUAACGGAAUUAGGUUGUUCAUUACAAACAUCUAUUGCUAUGAUCAAAACGCUAGAGAGCCAACUUAAAGUGUUUAAAACACACUGUUUUGUUAAAAGGGUGCAAGAACGGUAUUUUGAUGAACAAAAGGUUCAUCUUGCCGAAGAUGAAGUUCUUGUAGUGCAAAUUGACUUUGCUGAGAACUACUCGCUAGUGUCUCAAAAUGAAAUUCAAUCGGCACACUGGUCUCACAAACAAGUAACAAUAUUUACUUGUGUUGUCUGGACACCACAGCAGACCUUUUCUAUCGCCAUUAUAAGCGACUACAUGGGACAUGACAAGUACGCAGUUUAUGUAUUUCUUCAAGAAAUUUUUAAGAAAAUUCAUUUGAACUAUCCCCAUCUAUUACAACAUUUAUGCAAAACAGUGAUCUUUUCAGACGGCUGCGCUGCCCAAUUUAAAAAUAAAUAUACUCUUUCAAAUUUGUGUUACUAUGAUGUAGAGUUCAACCUGCCUAGUGUUGAAUGGAACUUUUUUGCCAGUAGUCACGGAAAGGGUGCUGUAGAUGCACUGGGAGGGGUGGUAAAAAGGACGGUUUGGCGAGAGAGGCUGUUAAGAGACUCGAACGAACUUCCUAGUUUACAAAAAGACGAAACUAAUCCUGAAGUGCCAUCAGAAGACAAUAAUAGUACAUACGAAGAUCUAUUAGCCACUGCCAUAAUAAACAAGGUUAUUUCAAGUUGUCAAAACAACCAAAAUUUACCAUCAUCCUCGGCCAAUAGCGUAUCAAGUCGCCAGUCCACUUCGUCACGGACAAAAGAUGAUAGAGAAUACUUUUUUGGAGAAGAAACCCUCGACUCCAAAUGGAAAACUACAGACUUGGAUACGACUUCAAUAUCAAGUCUGGAAGACUGGAUGCAGAACGAACACAAUGGCACCAAGAAAUACGUGGAUAAAGUUACACUAACUAUAAAACAGAACAUAGAAGAGUUACCACCAACUGAUAGUGAAGACGAUGAUCAGGACGAUUCAGAGUACUUUAAAAAUAAGUCUCUAUUGAGUGACGAUGAUGCCAAUUGGUUUUUACAAAAAAGGCAGUUCCAAGGUACGCACUCUCCAGUACCUGUACCAAUGUUGGUGCCGGAUCCAACUGGAGAUGCAAAAGUACUCAUUGGUGAUAAGGAAUUGGACGAAACUUCCGAUCUUUCGGAUAUAGAUGCCGACUUUGGGGAUACCGAGACAAUACCAGAAGUAAAAUCGCUUCUAGUAAACUCCAAAACCAUCAUAGGUGGCAAAAAUAGUAUCGAGCAGGUAUCGAUAGGUUCGGAUGGAGAACUGUCCGCUGAUUCAGGAGUACGUGACGACACAAAGGAUUUUGAUUACUUUGGAAGCAAUAACAAUAUUGACGAGCCAAUGAUAUAUGCUGAAGCUGUGAAUCCUUCCAAAACUGAUAUUACUGUAGAUGAUGACAAUAUUGAAGAUGUUUCAAUCACAUCAUCAUACAGUAAUACCGAAAAGGAUACAGAGUACACUGAACGAUAUGCUUCGUUACCAAGAACUAUAGAAAAAUCGGCAUCCAUGUCGAAAUAUGAUAGAGAGCAGCGAAAACGUGCCAUCGAGAAAGAAGAAACUCUAAACGUUCAAAACAUACAGGAAGAUGAAAACGAGAACUAUCCAAAUAUUGAAAUGAUUGGAAACUACACUAAAAAAGAACGAGAAAAAUGGAAACACGCUGUACAAAUGGAAAAUAAUCCAUAUUCAAAAGAAAAUAUUGAAAAAAGACUAAGCAGAUCUAAUAGCUCAACAAGUUCGCUGUUUGGCAAGGAUUACUACAUUAAACAAUCCAGUAAACCGGGUGGUUCGAAAGCUGAGGCCGAGGUAUCAUUACCUAAAUGGCCUAGAAAUAUUGAGAACAAGGACCAAUUAGAAAGCGAGGUACCCAAAGAAGAGGAAAUUUACACUGCUAAACCCGCCAUUGUGCAAGAAGAACCUGACGAAGAACCAAUUAAACCCAAAAUAAUAACGGAACGAGCUGACACGAGUUUUUCCGAAAUGACUAGCGAUUCCGAUGUUAGUUUCAAUAUGUACGAUGUGGCAACAGCGCAAGUGUACCGGAAAAAGUUCAAAGAACCAGAAGUUGAUGAGGACGUGGACAGGACUAGCAAUGGAGACGUAAAAAGAAAAAUCAACAAGUACAAUGAUAAGUCGAAAUUUGGCAGUUUGGCAAGAUGGGUGAGUACUCCAAAUAUUUCAAAUGGUUCAUUUGAUACUCCUCCAACAGUGGUUCGAAGAAAAAAAGACAACACGUUGAUAUCCAAAAUUUAUAUGGACCCAAAUGUACGAAAAGAAGCCUUAACUAAAAGGGAAUAUAUACCGGAUGAAGCCGAUCGUAUCGAUACUCCAACUUUUAGAACUCAAAGUUCUCUGGACAGUACAAGUAGUCCAAUAUUGAGUAGUUCCUUGACACCCGAGCGUAAGAAAUCUAUAAUUUCAAGUACACCUUCGACCGCCGAGCGUAAGAAAUCUGUCCAAUCCCUUGGCUUCAAAGUAGAAGAAAACAACAACUUUGAAAUCCAGGAGGUCCAAACUGAAAUGUUGUAUAGUUCAGGAGAUUCAGAAGACUUCAACAAAGUAUUGGAACGCUUUAACUCGCAAGAAAGCAUUAACAGCGUAGAUAGGAAAAAGGAAAUUGAUCCGAUAUUGGACGAGAUAAACCACAAGCAUUUGGUGGCUGAACGUUUGGGAAAAUUUUCAAAAUCAAUGCCGGACGUUGGUAAUGAAAAACCUAUUCCACAAAUGAAUUUGUCAAGAGAAAUUAACAAUAAUAUUAUUGAAGAAGAAGAAUUGAAGAUUUCUGUGAAGGAUUUAAGAAAACGUUUUGAAAGGGAUGAUGAACCUAAAAAUUUCAUUGCCAACAGUCUAACCGCACGAACCUUAGGACGUGGAACAAUUAAUAAUUUAAAGUUUAAUUAAAAAGCUCAGUUAACAAUAUAAUUUAUUUAUUCUAGUUAUGUACAAUUUAGUGCAAAGAUGUUUAAACUGUUAAUAGAUAUUUGUAUAUAACUAUUUUUAUACUUAUAUAAAGUUACCUUUAAUUGUAGAUAUUAUGAGAAGUGAAUACCUUCUUUAUUGAAUGCGUGUAAUAAUCCCAUAAAGUCAUCAACAUCCAUUUCCCUUGCUCUUGUCAAUUCUCUGCUGUUAGAUUUAAUUAUUUCUUCUACUUUAGAUUUAAAAUCCAAAUCUUCUUCAACAUCCUUAAUAUGUAAACUACAAUGUAGUCUGUAAUUUUUUUCUAAUGUUGUUAAUACUGAAGUCUGUUUGAAAAUGCCUCCUAAUACUUUAUUUUUCCUAUUGAAAGCAAUUCUCGUUAAACCAUCCCAUUCUGUGUAAGAUAUUGGAGGAGGGGGGUUAAUGGGUUCUAUCCUAACCACCGCGGAUUCAACUUUCGGUGGGGGUCUAAAGUUGUUUUUACCGACAUUCAUUAACAUGCUAACCCUGGACAAAAGCUGGGUAUUUACUGAUAACCUACAAUACAAUUUGUCACCAGGUUUGGCCACUAGUCUUUCAGCAAACUCUUUCUGAAACAUCAAAACUGCACAGCGAAAAAAAGGCCUGUGUAACAACAACUUAAACACCAAAGGCGAAGAUAUCUGAUAGGGCACGUUAGCCACACAAAUAUUAAAAAAAGGUAACUCAGUUUUUAAAACAUCCCCUAUCAAAAUUUGCAGUUUUUGUUGAUAUGGGGUACCUUGUACUCUUUUUUGUAAUUCAGCAACUAGCCUUGUAUCAAUUUCGCAGGCUACUACUUGUUUGACCUGUUCCAAUAUUUUUACUGUCAUGUUUCCUGUACCAGGACCUAUUUCAAGGCAUGUGUCUGUUGGUCGUAAGUCUGCUUUUAAUAACAUUGAGGUUAUAAUCAUAGGAUUUUUGAGUAUGUGUUGGCCAAAGCUUUUGUUAAACAUAAUUCCUUGUUUAGCCACCUCAUUGUGAAUUCUAGUUUUCUUUUCUGCUUUAAUUUUGGGCAUUUUCUUUUAUUUUAUGAAAAAAACUGUAAAUAAACAGACCACACGUGUUUAUAACUUUUGACGUUUACUUUUGAG